AUGCGUGUCCGAGCGCUUUCAGCUAGGCCCCUACAGAAAACUUGCUCAAACCUCAAGAUGAGUUUAUUUGGAUCUCCUAAGUUAUUCGGGUUUUCACAACCGACGACAAGCGCUGUUAGUGCAGCUCCAACUCUUGGUUUCGGAUUACAGCCAUCACUUGCCAGUACAACGACACCAUUUGGAAACUUUGGUUUGGGGUCUACUGUUUCAACUAUGAGUUCUGGAUUGUUUCAAGCUGCAGCGGCAAAAACAACCAAUACAACCUUCCCUGGAUUUGGACAAAAUUCAACUCCUUUUCAAGGAUUUAACCUAAACACUCCGAAAACAUCCACUGGGUUGUUUGGUUCUACUUUUUGUGCUCCCACCACUAGUACUCAGAUGGGUUUAAAUCUAUUCGGAUCACAGUUUGGUCAACAAGCGUCUCAGAAUACUGGAUUUAGCUUCACACAACCAACUCAAAGUUUGUUCAACAUCCCAAAAACGCAAGGUUUCGGUUUUGAUCAAAGUCUUCCUGUAACUGCUCAGCAGCAACAACAACAGCUACAAGUUGCACAACAGAAUACAGUGGAUGCUUUUUUUGCUUCUCUAUCUCAGCCUAUGCUAUUUGGUGAUGAACGUGAUGCAGUUAUAGCACGUUGGAAUCAACUACAAGCAAUGUGGGGUACUGGUAUUGGUUACAGUGCUGUAGGUAUGGUGAAUUAUACGCCAGAGAAUACAUUUGCUCGAUUAAAAUCUAUUGGAUACAAUGUUUUGCCUACAAGUACUGAUGCUGAUGGACUUGUUUGUUUAUAUAUUGGUCGUCCAUUCUCUGAAGUUACAAAUCAACGUCAAGCUGUACAAGAUAUUUUAUUCAGACUAUUAGGUGGUCGUCCUAAUUUACAGCUGAUGGUGGAAGAAAUUCGUCCAUGUGCUGAAGCUGAAGAUAGUACUGAGGUCAUAUUAAAAGUUGUGGAACGAUUAGCCACUGGUACAACAUCGACUAUAUCUGCCACUGAACUUGCAAAGUAUUUAUCAAGUCCAUCAGUUGCGCCGCAACUCCAAUCACAAUUAUGUGUGAACCGUUUAAUUCCGGAAAUAUCUCCAUCUGCUGCGCAGAUAGUUGCAUAUAAUGAGAAUCCACCAGCUGGCUUUGACAGACUAAUAUGGCAACAGGCCUGUCUCGACAAUCCACAUCCUGAUCGUAUGAUCCCAAUUCCAUUUAUUGGAUUUCCUGAUUUGAAGCGACGUAAAUGCGAUCAACUUGCAUACGGUGAACAGCAGAGCAGUAUGAUUAAGUAUAUCACUGAGUUAGUGUCUAAACUACGCACUGGUCAACUUGUUAUGUCACAACGACUCAUUCAAUUAAAACGUAAACAAAUUGAAUUAAGUCAUAGAGUAUUGAAAGUUCUCAAGCACCAAGAAGUGCAUAGACGAUGUGGAUUUGCUAUAAGUGUCGAAGAAGAGGGAAUGCGUUGUGAGCUUGAAAGAAUUUGGUCAGAACUUGUCGCUCCAAGAGGUUUACGUAUUCGUUUUCAAGAAGCAUUAUCUACACUUCGUAAUUCUUCUGAGUUUAACAAAAGAGAUAAAGAAAAUGUUGGAUCGGUUUAUAAAGGUGUUCAUUCAUUGGAAUCUGGAGAUGGUUAUCCGUCAACAUGGAGUUUAGAUCCGGAUUCGUUAAAUGAACUGAAAGAGUAUUUAACUCAACGCCAUAAUGGUAUUCGUGAAAUGCAACGACUUAUCACUGAAAUGACAAACAAUUUAAAAGUUAUGGAAGAUAAUCCAAUAACUAAUAUCAAUCCAUCUGUACAUAAAUCACCAUUUGUAAACUCCCCUCCGAUUGGUGGGGUGCACAAGGUGUCAUUCGCAGUUAAUUCUCGUAUUGUUCAUUGA